UGUGUGUGUGUGUGUGUGUGUGUGUGUGUGUGUGUGUGUGUGUGUGUGUGUGUGUGUGUGUGUUUGUGUGUGUGUGUGUGUGUGUGUGUGUGUGUGUGUGUGUGUGUGUGUGUGUGUGUGUGUGUGUGUGUGUGUGUGUGUUUGUGUGUGUGUGUGUGUGUGCGCAGCAGAAGGAGUCUGGCUGAGCUGGACUGUUUUGAUUGUGCAGCAGCGGACAUGUUUGCUUGUUCUCUCUGUGUGAGCGUCAGCGGUGGACGUGAUAUUUCAAACAGCACAUCACAGCGUUUAUGUAUUGGCUGCCCGGAAAUUUUUCCAAAUAAACACAGCUUGAUUCGACCUGGGUGGGCAGACUUAUCAAGCGACUAAUUCUAUAAACAGAUGAGGGAAUAAGACGGAGCCUGAUUGGCUGAGGGCCGGAGGAGGGGAGCGCGAGGGAGUCUGAGCGCAAUGAAAUUUUAAUUAAUGUGGGUGGGCUGAGAACGGCGAACUGUGUUUAUGAUGGACAAUUUAUUUCCCAGUGCAAAGUCAACAUAACACAGCAAACCUACAACAAUUAUUAACAUUUUUCUGGGGCCCUCAUGAGGCAGCGGGAUCAGUCAGCGGAGGAGAGGAGCUCCGGGAGCAGCCGCAGCCUUCCCCGGGACACAGCGCAGCUUCCCCGGCGUCAUGACUCUCUACCACGGCCGCCUGCCGGCUCUCGGAGUGGCAUCCUCGUCUCUGAGCCUCUCCGGGCCCCCGCUGAUCUACCUGUACGGGGGGGACAGCGGAGGGGUGGUGCCCGCCGCCCUGAGCUUCGUGCCGGCCCGUCAGGAGCCUCCGCAGAAGCCUCCGUACAGCUACAUCGCGCUCAUCGCCAUGGCCAUCAAGAGCGCACCGGAGCAGCGCGCCACGCUCAGCGGCAUCUACCAGUUCAUCAUGGACCGGUUCCCCUUCUACCACGACAACAAACAGGGCUGGCAGAACUCCAUCCGACACAACCUGUCCCUGAACGACUGCUUCAUCAAGGUGCCCCGGGAGAAGGGCCGACCAGGCAAAGGCAGCUACUGGACGCUGGACACCAAAUGUCUGGAUAUGUUUGAAAACGGCAACUACCGCCGCAGGAAGAGGAAGGCCAAGAGCCAGCAGGAGGCUCUGGACUCCAAAGCCGCUGGACACAAGCGCAUGAAGGGCCCGGGGCCGCCCAGGGACCCUCAGUCCUCUGGGAAACACCUGACCGGCUCCAGGAUCCCAGAGGUUCCAGCUGUGGAGGAUCUGGAGACUCAAGCAGACACCAAACCGGUUCUAGUGGAGUUUAACCAGCUGGAGCCGCAAAGUCCUCCCACACAGAGACUGAAGGUGUCCAACCACCAGGACACCGCUGGGUCUGCCGGGAGGACACCGGAGGCCCCGCAGCCGGAGCCCUGUCCCGCCCCGAGGCUCGCUCCGCUGUGGCUGGACGCCGCGCAGCUCCCCGGAGCGUCGGAGGAGAGGCGGUCUGCGUUCACCGGGAGGGACAGAGGUCCGCUGUGCGCCGUCAGCUGCGCAGGAAACACAAACCUGGCCGCACCUGUGCAGCACAGACCGAAAGGAACCGUUCCGAGCCGGGAUAAAUCCAAAGCGUUCAGCAUCGAGAGCAUCUUAUCCAGGAGCGAAGACGAAAUGCGCAGCGGCGUCCUCGGCGUGUCCGCGGAGCCUCAGAGUCCAGGAUUCAGCCCCUCCGUGGUGCUCGGGGCUCGGCAGCAUCAGCUCUACCAGAUGGGAUUCCCGCUCUGCUCCUACCUGUCGCUCACCUGCCCGGACAAAGUGCUGCAUUUUAAAUGAGACGUUGGUGGAUUGUAUGCACCGAUGCGUAAAAGUCUGUAAUUAGCUUUUAAUGAGAGUCUGUGUUUGUUGACUCCUUUCAGGAUCUUCCUCAUCUUCAUCAUCCAGAGUUCAGACCGUGAAUAAGAGCGACAGGGGGGCGUUUAAGUCCAGCUUUACGCAUGCGUAAUUGUCAGGUUUGUGGUUAUAUUCAUUAUCUUUGCUCAUCAGAAGAGGUUAAACCUUGUUUUUCAUUUUACACUGACUGUCUGCUGGUUUCUUUUUUAUUAUUAUUAACAGUUGUUGUCUCUCUUGCAAAUAUUGGAGAAUCUAAGCUUCCAAAAUGAAAAUUCUUGGUUUCAAUCAACGUGAUUUGGUAGAAAAGAGAGAGAGAGAGAGAGAAAGACUACAUUUGGACUUUGGCUUUUAAAAAGGCAGCUUUUAUCCUGAGUUUCAGUGUUUUGCUCCUUCGAUUUCACAGCGAGUUGGAGCAACACGUGGGGCAUUUAAGUCCAUCUUUACGCAUGCGUAAAUGUCAGGUUUGUGCUUAUAUUCAUCGCUAUUUCUUUGCUCCUCACGACAGGUUAAAUUGGGAGUUUUUUUUCAUCAUGACCCUGAUUCUCUGCUGUCUUUUUUACUUACUUCAGAUCACUUUAAUGCUUGCAGUAAAAUGUCUCCCCUGAACAUAUUAUUGCGUUUAAAUGGCCCAAAUAGCCAAAGUCAGAACUAUCGAUAAACUGUAUUAAUCCAUCUGACUGGCCAGAAAAAAACAAGUCGAUUCUCCAGAAGAAACUUCAUGUGGACUUUUACUGGGGGGAAAUGCAGGUUCCAUCCUGAGCACCAGGAUGUUUUUUUCCCUGUGAUUUCAGAGUGAGACGAACACCGAGAGGAGCAUUUAAGUCCAUCUUUACACAUGCGUAAUUGUCAGGUUUGUGGUUAUAUUCACCAUUUUUCAUCCUUUGCACUGCAAAACUGGUUAAACCGUGAUUUUUUUUUCACACUGGCUGUCUGCUGAUUUUUAAAAUUUACUGCGGUGAUUUGAUCACAUUCACGCCUGCAGUAACUGUCCUGAAAAUGUUGCUGUAUCCAACGAGACAAAUGAAAAACUGUAAACUCUGUCAUGAUUCACUUAAUUCGCUUGGGGAGAAAUGUAGUGAUUCUCCAGAGGAAACUUCAUUUGCAUUUGCUGCAAAUAAAAUAAAAAUCUUGCUUAAUUCUGAGCAGGAGUGUUUUAUUCCAGUGAUUUCACAGUGAUUAGGUGCGACAGAGGGCGUUUAAAUCCGUCUUUACGCAUGCGUAAUUGUCAAGUUUUUUGUUACAUUCAUCAUUUUUUAUCCUUUGCUCCGCAAAAUAGGUUAAACCCCGGUUUUUAUUUUUUUGCAGUGAUUGUCUGCUGACUUUUUUUUUGUUUACUUUAGUGACUUGAUCACAUUCAGGCCCGCAGUAACGUCUGUCCUGCAAAUGUUUCUGUAUCCAGCGAAAAACUCUGUAAAUGCUCCAUCAUGAUCCACUUUAUUCGCCUGAAGAAAUGUCAUUCUCCAGAGGAAACUACAUUUGGACUUUAGCUGCAAAUAAAAUAAAAAUCUGGUUUCAUUCUGAGCAUCAGGAGUGUUUUAUUCCAGUGAUUUCACAACGAUUAAGUGCGACAAAUGGGCGUUUAAAUCCGUCUUUACGCAUGCGUAAUUGUCAGGUUUGUGGUUAUAUUCACCAUUUUCAUCCUUUGUUCCGCAAAAUAGGUUAAACCCCGUUUUUUUUCAGACUGUCUGCUGACUUGGCUUUUCUUAUUUACUUCAGCAAUUUGAUCACUUUCAUUCCUGCAGUAAUGUCUGUCCUGCAAAUGUUGCUGCAUCCAAACAGGCAAACGAAAGAUUCUGUAAACUCUGUAAUGAUCCACUUAAUUCUCCUGGAAAAAAUGUGGUGGUUCUCCAGAGAACAGUUCAUUUGGACUUUUGCUGCAAAUAAAAAAGAAAAAUCUGGUUUCA